AAUACAAAAACACUUUCCUCCAUAGUCUAAAAAACAUAUUUUGUAUAGAGAUGGGUUCCUCUAUAAUCUUGAUUUUCUUUGCUCUCGUAGCUAUGAUGGCCCUUUCUUCUGAACCACUCCAAUGGAUGGGCGUGAACGCGAGCGAUGUACGGACAACUUGCUACCAUCAUUGUAACCAGACGUUCGAGAGUCGUCACCAAUGCUAUAAACGGUGUCAAGAAUUAGCUCCCAAUGAUGGGUACAAGGUUUAUGGGUGGCCUUACUCGACCAACACAAGGCGUGUCCUGGCCGUUCUCCAUGAGAAAGGUCUCUCUUAUGACCCCGUCACCGUCGACUUGAAAGCCGGUGACCAGAAGAAGCCAAGUUUUCUCUCUCUCAAUCCAUUCGGUCAAGUCCCAGUUUUACUAGACGGGGAUCUUAAGUUGUCUGAAUCUCGAGCUAUAUCCGAAUACAUUGCGAAUGUCCAUCAAUCAAAAGGCUCACAACUUCUGAACUACGAAAGCUACAAAACAAUGGGAACACAAAGAAUGUGGAUGUAUAUCGAAUCUUUAGAUUUCGAUCCACUCGCAUCAAUACUGGCCUUUGAGCAAUACAUCAAGCCUACUUACGCUACGGACUAUAAGGUUGUGAAUGAAACCGAGGCAAAGCUAGAGAAGGUUCUAGAUAUAUACGAGGAACGACUCAAAAAGUCUAGCUUCUUGGCUAGUAACAGCUUCACGUUGGCUGAUCUCUACCACCUUCCAAAUAUACAAUACCUUAUGGACACAAAGACAAAGAGAUUGUUUGAAAGCCGGGCAAGCGUUCACCGGUGGGUGGCUGAGAUCACAGCUAGACCGGCUUGGAAGAAGGCAUGUGAUGUAAAGGCUUGGUACGGUAAGAAGAAGAAUUAAUGAGAUCAGCAAAGAACAUUGUGUAUUCAUGCAAAUGUCUUUCAUAAUUAAUCAAAGUUUGAUGUAAUGAAUAAAGGGUAUUCAUGCAAGUUCCUUUCAUAAUUAAACUUUUGCAUAUUUCACGACA